CAACACGCCGAGGUUUUCUGCGCUUGCUGCCGUGCUGCUUGGCUUGGUAGAAUUAAAUACUACUCGUGGUGAUUUGCGUGAGGUUUUGGAUCUGGAUUCCGGGACCCUGCUGCGACACCCUCGUGGUUUCCGUGUGAUUACGAUCAGUAAAUCGUUUGCGUCUCCCCUCGUUAAAGAAUCCAGAGACAGAAACGCCAUCCUUUCCAGUGCAAAGUAGAAUAAGAUAACUAGUACUACUGGUAUCGCUCAGCUCUUUGCUCCCCCCUUCCCUCUCUUCAUGAUUUUCUCGUGGUCAGCGCUUUGUGCCGGGACCUUGAGCUGCUUGCUAAUCUCCCCAGCAAGAGUUCCUAGAUCGGUUAGCUUUGCUGAGCUUGAGGCUUGUGCUAUCUCCGGUGCAUGUGCGUGUGUGUGGUCAAAAAUGGAUUUUAUUCUUCUUUCUUCGCGAAACAAAGAGAGAUUUUAUUCAACAGAGGUAGCAGCAAUUGGACUUGGGACAUGGGGCGCAAUCCACAGAUCACCAUAGUCAUCAGCAUCUUAGUAGAAAAUACGACUAGUGCUCCUGGUUAAAACAAGGAUACUACUACAACCCUUUUAGCUGCUGCACUCUUGAGUUUGUGUGGCUACAUCCUUUUAUCAAGGACCUGGGAUUAGCAAGUUCUGUUAGUAGCUCAACUGAGGUAUCUGGUUCAGGAGUGGAUUUGAACAGGUUCAGUUCAUGCACUGCAAAAGACAUUUUCUUUAGUGCCCCCAUAAAAGCCUUGUCCCAUCAGCUUUCCCCACAGACGGCUUCAGACUGGCAGCUUAUUUGUUGUUAUUUCAGCAAAGUACAUGAAUGCUUGACUGCAUGUUAUGGCAGCUCCAUGUGUUGAUGUGCUUCAUCCAGAUGCUUACCAUUUCCUUGCAUGAUUUAGGAUCUUUUAGCCUGACAGGAUACCGUGUCCUGCACUGCCCACACGGGAUCAUGGUUGAUACCAAAAGAGAGCCUGCCGGAGAGGAGUUACCUGAUGGCUGGCUGAUAGAGUACAGGCCUAGAAAGACUCGGCCUGGAUCUAGGGUCAGGAGGGACAAGUUCUACAUUGAUCCUACAAAUAGCUAUGAAUUUCGUUCUCUCAGAGAGGUUCACCACUACCUCGAAUCUCAAGAUACGAAUGAUAGCGUUGUGACUCCAAACAAGAGAAAAAAUGAGGACCGGCGGAUUUCAGGGGAAAAAUCUCAACAUGCUGGACGGCCAUCAGGUAAUAGACAGAUGGAUACGGCUCAUGAGAAUUCUGAAAAUAUGCCAUCAUCAGAGCCCAAGCGUGUAUCCAAAGGGAGGCUGGCAGAGUUGAAACUUAAGAUGGCUAGAGAGAAUGAUCAGAGGCUGAAGCAUGAAUCUGCUGCAAGAGAAGAAGCAAAUGUGGAUCCGAAACCCAAGGGAAAGAAGCAAAAAACUGAACCUGUGAAACAGAUUGCUGCACCUGUUCGAUCGUCACCUCGUUUAACUGUACUGAAAAAGGACCAGGAAGAGAAUAAUGUGCCUAGUGAUGCACUUGUGGGCGCACAGACAGAUAUCGCCGAUCAGGUACAACCGACAGAGCAAAUUAAAAAGAUGGAGCAAGUUAAAAAUCGUAAGUCAAAGGCAAUUUCCUCUCCAGUAAUUCAGAAUAAAGAUGGAGCACAUGCCACAAGUACUUCUGGAAAUGCUGAAGACAAGUAUCCUUCAGCUCCUGAGCAAAUACUAGGAGCAUCUGCUGCAUGCUCGUUAACAGACGUUGGACGCCAGGAUGCGCAUGCUCCGCCGCAACAGAACGGACUUGUCGGAACAGCUGAUGCUAUGCCCGGAUAUUCCCUGUCAUCGCUGUUCCGAAGUAUCUGGUCAGACCCAUGCCUGGAAUUUGCAUUCAGGACUCUUACAGGUGAUAUCCCUGUCCCUUACAACAACCUAGCUGUUGCAAACUACUUCCUUCCACCACAGGACUCGAACAAAGGGACGGCGCCACCCAAUUGUUCGCCUUCCACUUAUGAUGGUGCUAGGAAGAACCAUGGCCAAGUCGACCUUGUCAGGCAGCCAAUGCCAAGACCAUCAGAUAGGCUCUACAGCAGUGGCUGGUUCCCUCCCCAGUGAACUUCAUCUGGGGAAUAAGCAAACAACUGCCCAAAUGCAAAUAAGAAGGAAUCCUUAGUUCAGGUCAUACAUAAGCUUCUUAGCGCUCAUCGUUAGGGUACCUUGACAAGGAUGCAUGUUUCAAUAAAGACUGUGUCUUGUUGUAAUCGCAGUAGAUGAUCCACUACUAAUAUUACCCCAUCGUAUGCUAGUAGACUUUGACAGAACUUUUGAGUUUGUGUAGUAAGUUGACUUAGCAGUAACCCUUUUGUCAUGCGGUUAGCGGAUAGAGACGCCGACGCCGAAGGUGCAGAGAAAGCCCCCUGAUUUUCAUGGAUGGGGUUUUCACUCUGUAUGCGAAAAGCCCCUUGCAGUUCAUUCAUGGACGAUGCUUGUAAGUUGUAAGACAUGUUAUGUUAACUGGAGUAAGUUCUGCGUGGAUUUGGUUUCUGUCUUAA